UCGUGUACAUGUAUUGUAAUCAUUGUCAACAGAUGUAAACACGGAAUUUACCCUGAUAUGACAAUUAUUGAAUUAAUAAGUAUAACAUCAUAUUGUAAACAGAGAUUUAUCUGCAUUUUUGAAAGGCUACAUUAAAUACGUGCUUAGAAUGGUGGAUCUGAUGCAAUUUAGGUUUGCACUAUUUAUAAAGAUUAAAGGUUGACGUGUACAUUUUGUUUUAUUGCGAAAGCUUUCACAAUAUUGCUUCCAACUCAAAACCGAACAUAUACGUGUUUUACGCACAGGAUAAAUUGUUGUUUGUAUUGCGAAUGGAUAAAAAACAUUUAUCAGUGUAAAUUCAACUUGAUCAACACAAUCACUCUGAGGAUUGUAAAUUGAAAUAGUCUUACAGACUGCUUGGAUAAUUGUUAUAUAUAAUAAUUAUCACGUUUAUCAACGGUUAACAACACUUGGGACCUACCAACUGCUGUCUUAACAAUGGAGGCAAUAAGUUUGAUAAUAUUCGGAGUGAUUCUGAUAAUGGUUUACUUCUUGUGGGGGCGUGGCUCAAGCACGGGAAACUCAGGUACUAAACAGGCGGGGCAGCGUUUAUAUCCAGAUCUCUCUAAACAAAAGGGAUGCUCCAUUUUCCGGAUGUAUGGGGAAGCGUCCCACCCUGACAGAAUAUAUGACAGGUUUUCCACCCUCGAUGAAGUCACAGACGCCAUCAGAAAGGCGGGGCUCGAAUCUAGCAGUAUUAUCUUUGGUAUAGAUUUCACGGCCAGCAACAUUCACCAGGGCUUGAAGACGUUUGGGGGACGCAGCCUGCAUCACCUUGAUAUGCUCAAUCCGAAUCCUUAUGAAAAGGUGAUCUCAAUUCUUGGAGAAACUCUGGAACCCUUUGAUGACGACGGCCUUAUCCCUGCGUUCGGAUUUGGUGACGUCUCCACUAAAGAUCGCUCCGUCUUCCCUUUCCUUAGUGAGGGUUUCUGCCAAGGUUUCCAAUCUGUCUUAGAGGCGUAUCGGGGCGUGGCUAGCCGUGUACGACUGAGCGGGCCUACAAACUUCGCACCUCUCAUAUAUCGUGCUAUUGACAUCGUCCGAGAGACCAGAUCGUACCACAUCCUGGUGAUCGUCGCAGACGGCCAAGUGACGUCAGAACAAGCCACGCGCGCCGCCAUCGUUGAAGCUUCAAAAUGGCCACUCUCUAUAAUUCUCGUCGGCGUUGGUGACGGCCCGUGGGAGCAGAUGGAAGAAUUUGACGAUUCAAUUCCGGCGAGGAAGUUUGAUAACUUUCAGUUUGUGGAUUUUCAUCGAAUUAUGUCAGUGGCAAAAAACCCGACGGCGGCAUUCGCUUUAAGCGCUCUUAUGGAAGUUCCGGACCAGUAUAAGACAAUUAAGUCCCUAGGAUUGCUAGAUUUUGAACGAUAACAUCAUAAAUCGACAGAAAAUGUCCGACGACGACAUAAUUAGCUUGUUCAUUCUCCCAAAAAGGUUGUGCUUGAUUCGCUUUUACCUUGCCCAACUGUUACUGACGUAUUUUAAACUUUUGUUUUCAUCAUCAUCAUCGUCGUCAUCGUUAUCAACGAAGUUUUCGUCGUCGUCAUCGUCAUCGCCUGUUACUGACGUGUUUUAAACUUUCGUUUUCAUCAUCAUCACCACCACCAUCAUCACCUUCAUCACCAGCAUUAUCAUAUCAGUGAUGCUUUACUGAAAUGCAUUUCUUUAAUUUAGACUAGUGUAUUUUUAUAUGUAUAUGGAAUGAUUAUAUGAAAUAUAAUAUUUUAAUAAACACAAUAUAUUGAA